UUUAUUGAAAGCAGGCUUUAUGAAAUGUCUUAAUUUCUUAGCUGAAAUCAUAUUUCCCGAUGCCGCGUGAACCCACCUGAAAUCGGAAAUUGCCGCCACUGGCGCGAGACGUGAGCCUUUCAGAGAGAUGGAUAAAUUUUAAAUUAAUAAACGCGUUAAACUAUCGCCCAUAUAUUUAUGUUUAUAUAUAGUUACGUUAUUUGGUGGUUAACAUAACUAAAUUAAUGAAUUCGGGCUCACUUUUUCUUUUUAUCCAAGCCAACCUGUGGUGAAACCAGAGCGCAACUGUUGGUUUAGCGAACUUCUCUGGUUUCGGCUAAAGCUCUUUGGAUUUUAGCUCAACUUCUUUCUUUAGGAGUUUAGCACUCCAUUGUAGAUUUAAAAAAAUGAAAGUUGCAGAGGAUCAGGUCGUUGAAGAUGAUACAGGUUUCCAGGAUGAUGAGGAGUCUUUCUUCCAAGACAUUGACCUCCUGCAGAAACAUGGAAUUAACAUGGCAGACAUAAAAAAGCUGAAGUCAGUGGGUAUUUGCACUGUUAAAGGGAUCCAGAUGACUACACGCAAAGCUCUUUGCAACAUCAAGGGUCUUUCAGAGGCAAAAGUAGAAAAAAUCAAGGAAGCUGCAGGAAAAAUGCUGAACGUAGGUUUCCAGACGGCCUUUGAGUACAGUGCAAAGAGGAGGCAGGUGUUCCACGUCUCAACUGGAAGCCAGGAAUUUGACAAAUUGUUGGGUGGAGGUAUUGAGAGUAUGGCUAUCACAGAGGCCUUUGGAGAGUUCCGUACAGGGAAAACCCAGCUGUCUCACACACUUUGUGUCACCGCACAGCUUCCAGGUGAAGAUGGCUACUCAGGUGGAAAAGUGAUAUUCAUUGAUACAGAGAACACGUUUCGCCCAGACAGGCUGAGAGACAUCGCUGACAGAUUUAAUGUGGACCACACUGCUGUACUGGACAAUGUGCUUUAUGCCAGAGCCUACACCAGUGAACACCAGAUGGAGCUGCUGGACUUUGUAGCAGCCAAGUUUCAUGAAGAAGGAGGGGUGUUUAAACUGUUGAUCAUCGACUCCAUCAUGGCUCUGUUCAGAGUCGACUUUUCUGGUCGUGGAGAACUGGCCGAGCGGCAGCAGAAACUGGCCCAGAUGCUUUCCAGACUGCAGAAGAUCUCUGAAGAGUACAAUGUAGCCGUGUUUGUUACCAACCAAAUGACAGCUGAUCCUGGAGCAGGAAUGACGUUUCAAGCUGAUCCCAAGAAGCCAAUCGGUGGGCACAUCUUGGCGCACGCCUCCACCACACGGAUCAGCUUGAGGAAGGGACGCGGGGAGAUGAGAAUUGCCAAGAUAUUUGAUAGUCCUGACAUGCCAGAGAAUGAAGCCACCUUUGCUAUCUCCGCUGGAGGAGUUACUGAUGCCAAAGAGUGAAGGAUCAAACAAAAAGAAGACACAUAAAUAUCAACCCUGUUCCAGGCUCAUCUAAGAUAUUUAUUGUAUUUGUGAUUUCUAUAUUUAUUCCCUUUUCCUGACCUAAGAUAACUUGUUGAAGUUAUGUUGAUAAUCUUUUACUGUUGCACCUUUUUAAGGAUUUAUUGUAUUUAUUCGCCAACUUGAGCUGUUUAUGUAUUUCAAAGAUGUUUUAAUGAAACAAACAAAUAAAAACUA